AUGGCGAGCUGCAGGCUGAUCGGCGUCCUCGCGCGCUGCUCCCGCGCCAACGCGAAUUCCGCUUUGAAAUGCACAGGUUUGCAGCAAUCAACGAGAACAUUAGCAACUGAAGCAAACAGGAAAUAUUUUAAAUACAAAACCGUUGGCGAUGUAGCAGUUAUUACCAUAGAUUCACCAAAUGUCAAAGUAAAUUCCUUAAACAAGGAACUAAUGACGGAGGUAGAAGAAUUACUGAAUGAAAUUCAAUCGAAUACUCUUGUAAAUUCAGCGGUAUUAAUUAGUGGAAAACCAGAUAAUUUUAUAGUGGGUGCAGAUAUUACUAUGUUACAAGCUCUUCCAGAUGCACAAGCUGGUUAUCAGGUAGCAAAAGAGGGUCACAGAAUUCUGGAUCUAAUAGCGAAUAGUAAAAAGCCAAUUGUUGCUGCUAUUCACGGUCCAUGUCUCGGUGGAGGAUUAGAGGUUGCAUUAGCGUGCCAUUGUAGACUAGCCGUUAACGACAAGCAAACUAAAUUAGGACUGCCGGAAGUCAAACUUGGACUCCUUCCUGGCGGCGGUGGUACUCAGCGUCUACCUCAACUGAUUUCUCUUCCUACUGCUUUGGACAUAGCACUCACCGGUAAAAAUCUGCAACCUGAUAAAGCAAAGAAACUUGGCCUAGUAGAUAUCGUGGUAAAUCGCCUUGGACCGGGAAUCGGAUCGUCUGAAGAAAAUACGCUGAGAUACCUGGAAGAAACCGCAAUAAAAACCGCGCAGGAUCUCGCAAAUGGAAGAUUGAAAAUUGAACGCGGUCCGAAAUCACUUAUAGAUAAGAUAACGCAACAGAUUCUAUCCUUCAACUUUGUCAAAGAUCAGGUGUUCAAGAAAGCAAAGGCCCAAGUGAUGAAAAUGACGAAUGGUUUGUACCCAGCUCCGCUUAAAAUUCUAGAGGUAGUAAGGGUCGGUCUAGACAAGGGUCCUGUUGCCGGAUUUGAUGCUGAGGCCAAGGGAUUCGGUCAGCUAGCAGUCACUCCGGAGUGUAAAGGUCUUACCAGUCUAUUCUUUGGUCAGACAGCAUGCAAGAAAAAUCGUUUUGGCACGCCUAAGAGUGCAGUCAAAAAAAUUGCUGUAAUUGGGGCUGGUUUAAUGGGCGCGGGCAUUGUCCAGGUCAGUAUCGACAAAGGCUUCAAUGUCGUUAUGAAGGAUACCAACGAUGCUGGACUAUAUCACGGUAUAAAUCAGAUUCAAAAGGGCCUAGAUGGUGCUGUGAAGCGUAAACGGAUCUCUAAUCUCGAAAAGGAUAAAUAUUUGUCUUGCCUUGACGCGACAUUAAAUUACAACUCCUUCAAGGAUGCAGACGUAGUAAUUGAGGCCGUCUUCGAGAACAUCGCCAUUAAGCACAGAGUCCUGAAAGAAAUUGAAGCAGUGGUGCCAAAUCACUGCGUCAUUGCGACCAACACGUCCGCUAUUCCUAUCACAAAAAUCGCUGCUGGUAGCAGUCGGCCUGACAAAGUGAUUGGAAUGCACUACUUUUCUCCCGUUGACAAAAUGGAGUUGUUAGAAAUUAUAACACACAAAGGAACAUCGGAAGAGACAAUCAAGACCGCUAUAGACGUUGGUUUGAAACAGGGUAAGACCGUCAUCACAGUCGGUGAUUGUCCUGGAUUUUAUACCUCAAGAAUACUUUCCUGUAUGAUGACAGAAGCAAUUAGGUUGAUGCAGGAAGGUGUAGAUCCAGUGCAGUUAGACAAAUUAACAAAGACAUUCGGUUUCCCUGUCGGUACAGCCACUUUGUCCGACGAAGUUGGCAUCGAUGUAGGUUCUCACAUCGGCGCCGAUCUUUUGAAAGCUUACGGUGAACGCUUUAAGGGAGGAGAUAUAAAUAUUCUCGCCGAUAUGGUCAAAGCUGGUUAUCUCGGACGCAAAUCCGGCAAAGGUAUAUUUGUAUAUGAAACUGGCUCCAAAAACAGAGAUGUAAAUCCUGGUGCAUUGGACAUUCUAAGAAACUAUAAACUUGAACCUAAAGGUAGCACGUCUGAUGAGGAUCGUCAGAUGAGGCUGGUCUCGCGAUUUAUCAACGAAGCUGUAUUAUGCUUAGAAGAAAAUAUUUUAGCUAAUCCCUUGGAGGGCGAUGUGGGAGCUGUGUUCGGCCUGGGCUUCCCGCCAUUCUCGGGUGGUCCAUUCCGUUGGGUGGAUGCAUACGGCGCCCAUCGGCUUAUUAAGAAGAUGGAAGAGUUCCAAAGUCACUAUGGUGACUCUUUCAAACCGUGCCAAUUAUUACGCGAUAUGGCGGUUGAUUCUACGCGAAAAUUCUAUCCGAAGUAAAAGUUCGAUACAAAUCCAUUAUUAGAGCAUGUUUUCAUGUUGAUUAAUGUUAAUUCGAGAACUGUAUUAUAUUUGUUCGCUCCAGACUCAGAGAAAGAAAGUAAGUACCUCGAAAUAGGUGCAAAUAUUAAUCCUACGUUAACCUGCAACUCCGAUUGGAGUCCGUAUUUGUUACAUCUCGAGUGUAUUAAUUUGUUGAAAGACUAUUCCGUGCUCCUAAUUGAAAGAAUGUUCAUCAUCUUCUAUUCAUCAAAAUGAUACGUUUUAGUCAUUGUAACAAUAUACAUACAAACAAUUUAUA